UUUUGACGCUGCCACCACCAUGCAGCGCUUCAUGCUCCACGGCGCUUCCCUCCUCAAGCCGACGUCGGCCGCCGGCGCCCUUGGCCGCAUGGUGCUUGGCCUCAACAGCACGUCGGCCUUCGGCCGCGAGUGGCAGGUGGUUACCGCUCGCGUCGACCACGCCGAAGCCGUGAUCCGCCACGUGCACGAGACCACCGACUGCCGCUCCGAGUUCAAGCCCGUGGGCCUUUCACUGGCAGAGCCCUCUGUUGACGCUGUGGCUGACCAAAUGAAGCGACUCGGUAGUACGGGGCUGCUUUUGCUUCCCGACGCCAUCGAUACGGCGCAGUGGGACGCGACGCAGACGCUGCUGAAGGCGGCCAAGGCCGCCAAGCUCGAGCACCUCGUGCUCGUGUCGACAGCAACGUCGGCGGCCGACUCGAUGGUGCCGAGCGGCAAGGCGUGGUUUGAGCUCGAGUCGGCGGCGGAAGCGACGCAGAUCCCGCUCUCAAUCGUGCAUCCCUCGACGCUCAUGGACACGUUUCUGUACGGAAAGCUUCACGAAAUGGUGUGCGGCCGGACGCUCUCGGUGACCAACGAAGCGGCGCGCAUUGCAUUUGUCGACGGACGCGACGUGGCCGACGUGGUCAACCGCCUCGUCUCGGUCGACGCGCCAGUGUCGACAACGCUGCAUGUGACAGGCCCCGCGGCCCUCUCGAUGCAGGAGGUUGCGGCGACCCUCUCGCGCCACCUCGUGCCGCCCGUCAAGUACUCCAAGUUUCCUCUCUGGGCUGUGCAGACGGCCAUGUGGGUGCAAGGCAAGCGCCCGGAGGAAAUCCAGGAGCUCGUGAACCUCUCGCGCUACUACGAAGCGCAAUACGAAGCCGAGACGAGCACGACGGUGCACGACAUGCUCGGGCGGGCGCCUCGCAGCUUAGAGCAGUUUGUGGCCGACCACAAGGAGGACUGGCCGCAGCACAAGUACUCGUAGUCUUGGAUAACGCAGAAAACACAAGGUUGUAUUCGCAGUCGA